AUGGCAUCAACAAAUCUAUCUGCUAGGGCUAAUAUACUCAGUGAAUCACUGUCAUAUUUGAUGCCAUAUUUUAUUCGAUUGAAAUCAAAUCAUUAUGAUGAAAGAACAAAUCCUGAAGGUAUUCUCAAUUUUGGCGUCGCAGAAAAUAUGCUUUGUGAAAUGGAGCUUGUCGAAAAAUUAAAUGCUGUGCAAAAAUGGACAGCACCUAUGAACUACUAUGGUCAUCCGGCUGGUGAAGUCGAGUUUCGUGAAGAAUUAUGUUGCUUCUUUCAGGAACAUUUUCGACUUGAUACACCGAAAUUAAUACCUGCCAGAAUGAUGAUUACCAGUGGCGCCAAUGCUGGAUUCAUUGUCUAUAGUUACUUGUUGACCGACCCUGGUGAUGCAAUACUCAUUCCAGCGCCUUAUUAUCCUAUGAUCGAUCAAGAUGUUUCAGUUCUUACGGGCAAUCGGAUUGUUCGUUGUCCCUUACUCGAUCAAGAAUCGGGAGAAUUUCGAUUAACAGUUGAUAUAUUUAAACAUGGCUAUGAAGUUGCUUUAGCUGAUGGUCUUCGACCACGUAUGAUUAUUCUUGUAAAUCCGCAAAAUCCCCUUGGUGAUGUAUAUGAUGAACUUACUAUCCGAUCAAUACUCGAAUUUGCUGCAGAAAAACAGCUACAUGUUGUUAUUGAUGAAAUCUAUGCAUUCAGCUUGUUCGUUAAUGAGAAACCAUUUGAAUCAAUGUUAAGAUAUACUUCAUUACCAGAUCCAAGUCGUACUCACUUUCUUUGGUCGUUCAGUAAAGACUUCACGUUGAGUGGAGCUCAUGUUGGCGUUAUGUAUGCGGGUACCUCUGAUUUAUGUGCAAUAGCUACUAACCUUAAUUUUUUCAUGGUGCCUUCACGAGUAGUUCAACAAACCUUAACUUCGCUUGUGGCCGAUCGUGAGUGGAUACGUGCAUAUAUUGCAUUGAAUCGUUCGCGCCUUACAGAAAAAUAUAAGUAUGUCAAAUCAGAACUCGAAUCAAUGGGUAUUCGAGUACGCAACACUCAAUCAGGUUUCUUUAUUUGGGCUGACUUUCGUCCAUUUAUGAAACACAUUACCUUUGAAGAGGAAAACCGUUUAUUUGAAUUGCUCUUUGAAAAUGGCCUUUUCGUUUCUCGUGGCUAUAAUUUAGGCUGUUCUCAGCCAGGCUGGUUUCGCAUGGUAUUUUCAAUCAAAGAUUCCAUGAUUACCGAAGGAUUGAAACGUAUUAAAGCGACGUUGAGUUUAUUUUCAAAUUAA